AUGGACGUAUAUAAGACGAAGUUUUUAUCCGAAGACUGGAGGGUCCUGGUCAGAGAGGACGACCAAGAGCGAUGGCUUGACGUUAAGAAACUGGACGGGGAAGCGACUGUGAAUUACGAGGAUCGGUGGGUACCGUGGAACGAUCUCAAGCAACUUAACGUCGAGAUCAUUAAAGAAGAGUUCGUCAAGUCUCCCAUUGCUCGACCCCCACCGAAGAGAUAUCCGUCCCGCAUUAAUUAUAGUCGUAAAUCCAUCUGCUGGCUGGAGUUACUGAAACAUCAAGCUCAAGCCUCGGGGCGAGUGUUAGACAUUCAACACGCCCUAACGGGACGUGGGGAAUACCGAGUACCCGGUACCCGCUAUUCCGUAGACGGAUAUACUCCGCCCAAUGCAGAACACCCUCGUGGCGUGGCUUACGAAUUUCAUGGUUGUCUGUACCACGGCUGUUUCGUCUGUUACAAGGCCCGAGACGUCGUGAUGAUCCCGAACUCCGACCAAACAGCUGACGAAUUGUUUGCACUGACGAAACAUAAAGAGCGUCGUCUCCGAGAGGAGGGACUCAAAGUCGUUACCAUCUGGGAACACGAGUUUGACGCCCUGUUAGUUGCAGAUGUCGAUGCCAAGUCGUUCGUCGAUAGUUUGGAAGUGGUGGAUCGUCUGGACCCUCGGGACAGUCUGAUGGGUGGACGUACCAACGGAUGUGUGCUCUACAAGCGAGCGAUGAGGGAUGCAAAAAUAAAAUACGUCGACUUUACAUCGCUGUACCCCUUUGUCAAUAAGACGUGUCGUUACCCCGUCGGACACCCAGACAUCGUCACUCGCGAUUUCGCCGAACUGACGACGUAUUUCGGAUUGGCCAAAGUCAAAGUACUUCCACCUCGUGGUCUCUUUCAUCCGGUCUUAGGUUAUCGCACAGGAGGUAAAUUAACCUUUCCCCUCUGUCGAACGUCAACAACAGACACCCUGUGUCUGUAA